GGCGACACUGGCCUGCUGUCAAUUUGACAAUGACAUUUAUGCGCGAAACUAUUUGCAAAAUUCGCCACAAACCGCAAAACAUUUUUCUUUAAAAAAUAUGACUUUUAGUUUGAUUAAAGAUAAUAACAUAGAUUACUAAGAUUAUGGCUAAAGAUUGUUAAUAAUGACAAGCCUUUAUUUUGAUAUCAGAGAAGAUCAGUGGCCGUUGGUUUAUGAUGAUAAUUACAAUGUGUCGUUUUUGGGUCUCGAGAAGUUUCACAUUUUCGACGCCAAGAAAUGGCGCAACAUUAUUCAGAAUCUUAAAAAUGCGGAGCUCAUAACUGAUGAGUGUUUGGUGAAGCCUCUGGAAGCUCAAAAGAGGGAUCUGUUAGUUGUACAUACCAAAAAGUACCUGAAAUCACUAAAGUGGAGCGCUAAUGUUGCAGUUAUAGCUGAAGUGCCAAUCAUUGCUUGUGUACCCAAUGCGCUGGUGCAGUAUGCUUACUUGAAACCAAUGAGAUUGCAGACAGGUGGCUCCAUUUUGGCAGGAAAGUUGUCUCUAGAGAGAGGUUGGGCGAUCAAUGUUGGUGGUGGAUUUCACCAUUGCAGCGGUGAGAGUGGCAGUGGCUUCUGUCCAUACGCAGACAUCACUCUGCUCAUACAGUUCCUUAUCUCUCAUAAUAUGAUACAGAAUGCGAUGAUCGUGGAUUUGGAUGCUCAUCAGGGCAAUGGUUACCAACAUGACUUCCUCGGUGUACCCGAGGUGUAUAUAAUGGACAUGUACAAUCGUCACAUAUUCCCUCGUGACAAGGAAGCCAAACUCGCUAUACGCAGGAAAGUGGAGCUGGGUAACAAAGUCGAAGACCUGGAGUACAUGCUCAAACUUAGAACAAACCUUAAGGCAGCUCUAAAAGAGUUCAGGCCGGAUAUUUUGGUGUACAACGCUGGAACAGACAUAUUGGACUCUGAUCCUUUGGGGCAAAUGAGGAUAAGCGAAAUUGGUAUAGUUAAAAGGGACGAAUUCGUGUUCGAGAUAUGCAAAGAGAACCGCAUUCCCAUAGUGAUGCUCACCAGUGGUGGGUACCUCAGGAAAACUGCAAGAAUUAUAGCUGAUUCCAUUGUGAAUCUACACAAAAAGGGCCUCAUUAGCGGAAAACAGUGUGUCAAAUCUUAAUAAGUUAUUAAUUCAUUAGUAGGUUAGGGGCCGUCCAUUAAUCACGUGAUGUUUUGUUUUGCAUAUUUUAACCCCCUCCUCCCCCUUGGUGAUACUAUUUCACGUGUAUUUUGUAGUACUUUCUAGAAUCUUAUUAUUUUAAAUAUUUAUAAAUAUAGGUACAAUUAUCAUCUAAUUUUAUUAUAGAAAAUUAAAGAUAGGUAGAAAAGUUGAAGUUGUUUUUGACUGACAUAAAAAUAAUGAAUGAAAUGCGAACAUCUUUUUUGUACUAAUACAUGAACAUUAUUUAAUGUACAGUAUCCUCGGACCACAGAAAUACACGUGAUAUAUUAUAUCGGCAUUAACUGUCAGACUACUAUGGAGUUUGACAGUAGUCUGACAGUUAAUGCCGAUAUAAUAUAUCACGUGUAUUUCUGUGGUCCGAGGAUACUGUAAUAGUGGCAGGCGGGUGUAAUAAUAUAUCACGUGUAUUUCCGUGGUAUAAAAAUCACGAAAUGAUGAAAUGAUUUUUAUGAACCCUUCCCCCCCUUUAGAGCCUUACGUGAUUAAUGGACAACCCCUUUUAUGAGAUUUGGCAGUUUAUGAAAAAUACAAUAGGGAUGACGACGAGGUAAUAGAAUUAGUAUUUCAAAAAAGAAUGGACUCUUUUUUUUUCUUUUAUCCAUCGACAGAAAAAUUACAUAGAUAAAGCACGGCAAAGUUUGGGAUUCCCCACUCCCAACUCCUCCUCGUGACGUCACUGCGAAGUAAAAAUUGAUCAAAAUCGACGUCAUAUGAAAUUUCAAAUCAAUAUAUCUCUAUGAAAUUUUGAUUAUGAGGAAAAAGAAAAAACACGUGACCAUAACUUUUUGAUAAUUUACCUGAUGGGAAAAGAAAUAAAAGUUAGUCACCAUAUAUAGUCAGUCGUCUCUGCCUCCUUAAACGUAUAAUGGUGUUCAAAAAAACAAAGUAUAAAUGGAUUGUGAUUAUGAGAUUCAGAAUAAUCCAUUCUAGUCUUCGAAAUCCUUCCAAAUCUUAUACAAGAUUGAAAAUCUAGAUUUUUUGUCGUAACGAAUUCAAAAUGGAAUUUACUUUAGAAAUACUUAAUAACAUACCGAUUAGUGAAUCGAGUGAUAUAUUUGAUCUCAUAUUUAAUAAUUAAUUAGUACUUGUAUGUGCAACCGAUUUUGGUGAAAACUAGCUCCAGAUAGCUGUCGUCGUAGUAUUCACGAUAAAUAGCUUUGUUUAAUACGGUGUAAUCGACAGUUAUGCCAACGAAUUAGAAAUAAUUUACUAAUUUGUUGGAAGAUUAACAGACAAAUAUCAACCAUAGCUUUUCAAAUUGAAUUAAACAAUGCUAUUUAUAAUUCUCCACUAAUAUGGAAUACGAAAUGCACUAAAAAGUGGUGCAAUGCAAACUGCAAUCGAGUGGGCGCGGCGAAAAACCUGCGAUCAAUACGCCCAUCAUGGGAUUGGUUGGGAUAUCCGUUUACCAUUAUAUUUACCUUGCCUUAUGAAGUAGAAUAGUCGAAUUCAUUUGUAGAUUUGAUUUGUUAAGAUACAUUGUCGCGGUAGAAUUGAAGUUUAUUUGCAUGAGUUUGGAACAAUGUGGCCUUUUUUAGAGAAUAAUGAUUCCAUAAUCUAUUUCAUAUCGUUGAGUUAUGCUUUCUUCGUUUCCUAAUUAAUUAUUAUCGGUACCAUUGGCGAGUACCAUAUAGUUGGUUAUCUUGCUCGUUAAAUGAUAUUCAACUUUUGAAGUUCUUGUUCUACUUUUGGCAUCAAAGGAAGUGUUUCACGCCGUGGUACGCGUGUUCGGCUGCGAUCGUUGAAGUCAAGCAACUUUCGCAGUGGUCAUUGGAUGGGUGACCAAAAAUCUUCUAUCUCGAGUUCCUCCGUGCUUCGGAAGGCUCGUUAGGCCGUUGGUCCCGGCUGCAUCUGCAGUCGUUAGCACCCGCCAAUCCGCACUGGGCCCGCGUGGUGGGUUAUUUAUGUCCCAAUCUCCCUAUUUCAUCCAUAGGGAAGCCCUGUGCCCCAGCAGUGGGGACAUUAAUAGGAUGAUGUUACAGGUUUCAGGUAAUACAGUAGGUACUUGUUUUUCAUAGCACCAUUACCUUUGUAUUCAUCCUCGGGUAGUUUUGUAGCUAUUAUCAGUACCCUUAGUACGAGUUUUACAAUUACAAAAACUAUGAUAGUUUUCGUGAGCUCGCAAUCGUACUAAGGGUACUGGUAAGCCUAAUAGCGGUACGGAUGUGUUUCCUUGCGUUAGAGUGCUUAUGUUGGCGUCUUCGACAUGCCGAACUGUGUUAAUAACGACUUCCAAACUUGGUUCAGUAUCUAGAUCUAUAAUUUAGGACUUCCACACAUUGCUGCGAAUUCGCAUCGCAUCGCAAAUAUCUGGGACAUUCGAUCUUUCACACUUGGUGACGCCAUUUUAGUCCGCUCUGGGACAGCUUAAGGGAAAGACGCCAGCGCGCUUGAAAGAUAGGAUAGUUUACAUCUCAAUUUAUAGUCGAAAUAUUAUUUUAUUGCAAAUUAUUACUUUUGGGUGGUACGAAGUUCGCUGAGUCAGCUAGUAUUCUUAUAUAAGAGAUUUGUCUUCUAAUGUGCCAUAUUAGCCUUUUUAGCAAGGGUGUGCAAAUCUGUGAUAAAAUCAGGCGCUUUUUCACCAGCUCCCUGUGUUCUCUGAUUGAAACGUGUUCUCGCAUAAUUAUGAGUUUCUUCGCAAGAUAAUUGAAUCAAUUUUGUUCUUCACAACGUUGUAUAUUUUGGUAUCAUCUUGAGAAAAUUCAAAAAUAUCGUUAGCCCUUUUGCCUAGCGUAGGUAUAUGUGCUUUCAGCUGUGUUUCUUCAUGCAAUAUUUUAAGUUUUGUGGUAUCUCGCGGUAUUGUUCAAAUCUAGUAGACAAUUUAAAUGAUUCAAAAACAUCUUUGGCCUUAUUGGCCAUCUUAUAUAACUGAUUUCAGCUGUGUUUCUUACGGUAAUAUUUUAAGUUUUGUGGUAUAUCGGUAUUGUUCAAAUCUAGUAAACAAUUUAAAUGAUUCAAAAACUUCGUUAGCCUUAUUACGCAUCGUAUAUGAAAGUGAUUUCAUCUGUGUUUCUCCCGGCAAUAUUUUAAGUUUUGUGGUAUCUCGGUAUUGUUCAAAUCUAGUUAUCCAUGAUUGCCAGUCAGUUACUUUGAACGAAAAUUGUGAUGGCGUCGGCAUCGACAUUUAUAAACUAUACUUAUAUUUAUAAACUAUAUUUAUAUUUAUAAACUUGUAACAUGUUCAAGUUGAACUGCGGAGGAUUGGUAGGCCUCACAUUUUCUAUUCUUUGUGCAAGUUUCAAAAUCAUCUGCAUUAGUUGGGAUACUUGCUGUUGUAGAUUAAUUAUAAGGUUGCUGGCCGCCGUGGCCGCAGAGCUCGGAACUAUUUAUGCAUACAAUAACGCCAACACCAUGCAUAAAACUCGGUAACGGCAAACUCCUUGAGCAACACCACUGACAAUAAACUUGCGCAGUAGACGUUUUUGUAUGUAAAACUGCUACUACGCAAGCUUUCUUGUCUAUGGUCGAUACUCAAGCCCCCUUAUUUAUAAACGAGGAAUAAGCCUAACCUUGUUACGCCGCCUUUUGUUCAUAUAACUCAAGUGCCAUUUCUCCUUCAAUGAACAGAGACAAAACAUAGAGUAACUAAUCCAAGCUUAGUCGUCGUCUAUUAAUAAGGGGUAAGAAGUUUGCCGGGAUGUAUACUGUAGUUUUACAUAAAAUACGUCUCAUGUGAUGCAGAUUUUUGUUUAAAUUUUUACAAUACAGUCGAUCUAGUGCCGCGUAGCAGACUAUAUUAAUCAUAGAGGUAUAAGAAUAGAGUAGGGGAGAUAUAGACUCUACUACAAGUAGAAGUGUCCCUCUAAUAGAAAGAGAAAGAAGAUGAGAGACCGUUAGCUUUUCUCUCUAAUCGCGCAUGCGCAUUGGCAACCGUAAGCAUCUUACUACUUCGAUGUAUGGCAUCACAUCGAAAUAGUAAGAUGCUUACUGUUGCGUCACAAGAGAGAGAGAGAUAGCUAACGGCCUCUCGUCUUCUUUCUCUUUCUACUAGACGGACUAUGGUAUUAUAUGGUAUGGACUAUUCUAUGGUAUUAAUAUAGUACAGACUCGAUAGAUAGAGUAUUAAAAAUCAUCAAAGACAAAAUUUGUUCCACUACCAAUCAAUACCAAAGUACAGACUCGACCAUUGAUUAUUAAAAUAUCAUCAUAGACAAAAUUGGUUCCACAUAUACAUGUACUUAAAUAAAGUGCCACAGUUUUUGUUGUUUAGGCAAAUCAAAUUUGCUGUAGUAGUCCGUUAGUAUUAUGUGAUGUGAUAUUAUUAGGUAUGUGUCUGCUCCUGAGUUCCUUUUCUAAAUAAAUCUAUUUUUGUCCUAA